AUGUCGUCCGAGAAGCAAGAGGUGUACGAAUACAGGUAUGAAGGACCCGAGGACAUUGAGCGCAAGGGCAGCGUCGCCUCCACACUCAGCGGUCCGAAUCAGGCGGACACCCCGGAUGAGAAACUGAGGAAGUUGGGCGAGCAAAAUCCACACUACGACCACGAUCUCACAUGGACCGCUGCAGAAGAGAAACAGCUCGUCCGGAUAUUCGAUCUCAAGGUCCUCUCGUGGAUCGGCGUCAUGUUCUUCUUCCUACAACUCGAUCGCGGCAAUCUGUCUAAUGCCUUGACUGACAACCUCAUGCAGGACCUCAAUAUCGACCUGAACACCAUCACGCUCAGCACGACCAUCUUUGUUCUCUUCUUCUGCUUCUUCGAGAUCCCUUCCAACAUGAUCAUCCGCCGCGUCGGUCCUCACCGCUGGAUUCCCUUCCUCAUGUUCUUCUGGGGGCUUGCCACCGCCUCCCAUAUCUGGCUCAAGGACAGGGUCUCCUUCCUGAUCUGCCGCGCCCUCGUGGGUACCUUCGAGGCCGGUUACAUCCCGGGGAUUGCCAUUUAUCUGACCACCUACUACAAACGCGAAGAGAUGGCCCUUCGCCUCUCCAUCUUCUGGAGCACACUCUCGGUCGCCAAUUCCUGUGCAGGUGUGCUCUCGUACUUUAUCCUGCACAUGCGGGGGAUUGCUGGUCUGGCUGGCUGGAGAUGGUUGUUCCUGAUCGAGGGGGUCGCCACGGCCUUUGUCGGUCUGCUGUCCUUCUUCAUCCUUCCCGAGGGUCCAACCGGCACGAAGGGGUUCCUGCGCUUCUCUGGAUACCUGACCGAGCGCCAGGAAUUGAUCGCUAUCACCCGUCUCAUCCGCGACGAUCCCUCAAAAGCCGACCCUUCCAAAAGCGUCGUCCCUAAGGCUGAUAUUGUACGUGCGCUCCUGUCCCCGCGCAUCUGGCCCAAUGUCCUGAUCGGGUUCUUUGGGCUCCUACCCUCGGCGCCCAUUACGGUUUUUACACCCAUAAUUCUGAAGAUGCUGGGAUUCGAUGCAUUGAAGACAAACUUGAUGACCAUCCCUGGCUACAUCCUGGGCUUGAUUAUCAUGUCCACGGUCUCCUAUUCGUCUGAUCGGUUCAAUGAACGCGCGUUCCAUGGUGCGGCUGCGACGUUGUACUACGCAGCUUGCGUUGCCAGUUUGGCAUUGUUGCCCAUCAAUGCGAAUAAGUACAGUCUCUAUAUCUGCUUGAUCUUCACGAUGGGUGGACAAACCUGCUGGCAUCCUGUCAAUGCUGCUUGGAUCGCCAGCAACACAGCCCCUGUGGGCAAACGGACGAUCGCGUUGGCCAUGUACAUCAUCUCCGUCAACAUCACCGCCAUUGCUGGCUCAAACGUCUUCCGCAGCAAGGACGCUCCCCGCUUCUUCACAGGGAUGUGGAUCCUGUUCGGGUCCUUGAUCAUCACCAUCUUGCUCUUUAUCUUCCAGAGAUACCAUUUCAUCUAUCUCAACAAGAAGCGCGCCAGUAUCACCAAGGGCUGGACCGCAGACGACUGGAGACAUUACAACGAGACCACAAAAGACGUUGGCGAUGAUCGUCUCGACUUUGUCUACUCAUAUUAA